ACUCGCUUGAGACUGGCUCAGCGUUUGCAGAUUGGUGGACGUGCAUGCAAAAACCGCAAAAACCGCAAAGUCCGUCCUGCCAACCAGCCUGCCAACCCAUCCUGAGCUUGAAGCUGUACUACUCUGCCCUGGGUGCUUUCUGAAAGGGAUAUAUAUCUGGUAGAUUUCGUCACUCCUAGCUCACAACGCAACCCAUCCAGGAAAUUGUCCAGCAGCACGACAAGUCUGAUGCAGGUUCAGAUCCUCGGCCGAUUUACAACAUGUGCGGACCGGGUUGCUAAGCUCCACCCAUACGCAGCCACUGAACCGCUUUGGGAGGGGGAGUUGAGCAAAAACGAUUUUGGAACUCGGGUCGAGCAUCUCACUCAAUUUAGCCCUGGCGGACGAGUUCUAUCGUUUGAUACCGAGGUGUCUGUUGUUGGUGGCACGGUAUUCACCUACAACGGCGGCGUACACGGGCAAAGUUUUACCGCUCAAACCCAGUCUGGGAAAGGAGGUGCUUACGAAACACAGACCGAUGAGCUUCGCCCCAUCGCCACCCCAUUUUACGCGCGCUUCCGUGUUGAAGAAAGUGUCGUUACAGACGCACCGUCCCGUGCGUGCCAACUUCGCAGAGCUCUGACCGUGUUGUACCCGCGCUCAAUCACCUUAUACUUUGACAAUGGGGUAACGGAGCAGGUACCUAUACCGUAUCAGCUGGAAGCCGCUUGGCCUUUGCGCGAAGGUAUCCUCAUCAGACGGAAGGAUGGACGUGGUGAAGAUGCAACAGGGUCAGCACUGUAUACUCUGAGAAGUGCAUUGGAUUACCCUCGCCCGGUUUCCGUUGGCAAACGCGUAAAGCCACCGCAUGGUGGGGUGUCGGCGUCGUCUGCUGUAGUCAAUGGAGCAUCUCAUGCGACAGAAGCGUUCGGUCGCAUUUUAAAGGUUUCGGUCGCCGAAGAUGCUCCGCAGAUGAUUGUCGCGUUUAAUGACGGGAACAGGAAGCACAGCAUAUGGAUGUGUUCGGAUAGCGUUGGGAAAGUCGAUGCUGAACCGCCUGUUGCAGACAUUGCGCUACCCAUGCGACGGGCGCUAGAGCCUGAUUUCGGCCUCAGCCUCCUCUGGGAAGAAAGCGAGCCUGGCAGUUUAGGAUUGAAAGAUGCAGCCGAAACUACCUCGGUGUCUCCCAUCAACGCGCAUUCGGCGGUCAUUUGUUUUUUGGGCCUGGCGCACGACGGAGAGGAAUACUCCAGCGCGCAGGGUCGGCGGCGACUUGUGGCCUUACAAUGCUCUCUUUCCGUUGGCACAUCGGAUAAUAGAGCAGCAUGGGAGAUCUUGUGGAGCUUGCCCGCCUUAGGGGCAGUGCAGCUGAGAUGCGUCAGAUCGAAAGCAUUCGACGUGUUAAUAUUGAAUCCGGAUCACACGCUCAAGCUCUGGACGGGUAAUCAGGGAUUUGUUGCUUGCAAGAUUCCCACCGACUUUCCGUCAGUUUUAUCAGGGCACUUGACUGGGCCUGGAAAGCGGCCCCGGUCUCCCGACGAUACCGACCCAGGCAAGACAGACAGCAUGGAAGACAUCAGCGUUCCGGAGGCAGAGCCUGGAUUCCGAACAUCCCGAAUCGUGCAGCUCAGCAGCGCCGCAGACAAUCGCUUCAAUCUUGAGCUUUCGAAUGGCACCACAUAUCGCGCCACCCUGGAACCUAAUUUCCGGUCGUCCGUUGUCCGUAGAUGCGUCGAAGCUCUGAGACAUGCGUUACCUGUGGACUUGUUUGACGCCUUCCAGCAGCGCCUUUUCACGUCGCAACAUGGCACUGCCCUCGAACCGACGACUGAAGGCGAUUACGAAUGGCAGACGUUGGUUGGUGUGCUAUGUUCCUUCUGCCGUCAGCGAUUCCCCUCGGAUCGCAAAGAAGCACAAUCACCGAAGCGCCAGCGACCAGAUUCCUUGACAACUCUUCUGAAUCGGAGUAAACGGAAACGCCGUUGGAUUGCAAAGUUGGUGGAACAGGCUUCUCAUCUCCUUGCGGAAGAAGAUGACGUAUCGCAAGACACCUGUGUCCCGUCAUGUCCUUCGCCGACGUCGCGCUUUGACCAGCUUGCCCAACACCCGAAUGGCCCAAGUCUGACACCACAUCUUCCGACAAUCUUAUUGUUCUUGCACGUGGUUUAUGAAGAUUUGAAGUUGAACAUUCUGACAGCAAAACAUGCUUCAAGACUUGCCCAUGUGCUCCUUCACAUCGCAAAGUCGCUUGAGUGGUCCGACUACGUAUAUUACUACGGCCAGGAGCAGCCAGAAGAGUCAUUGGUGGAUCUGUAUUUUGACCCACUGCUUCAACCGUGUCCAAUCCCACCAAUCGACUUCCUCAGCUGGACUUUGCAGAAGACUCGGAGCAAUAUGGAAAACACGAGCGCUUUGGACGCUUUGAUAGAGCUUAUGCGCAACAAGGAUAGCGAAGCAACGACUUUCCUCCGCAGCACCAGGGUUUAUACGAUCUCAAGAUUGUACACUGAAUUGCAUUCCAACGGUGCGGUUGGUCUGGUUCAGGGCAUGUUGGAGCAUAGUAUCGACAGAAACGCGCUAGCGACGCUAACUACAGGAAUCGGGUUACCUCUUCAGCAAGCGAUUGAUGACUGUCGUGAAGACCCUCCUGGAGAUUGGUCUGUCGAUGCGUACCUAUUGAUCGGGAGAGAGGAUCUAGCCACACAGGUAGAGCAGCUUUCGAAGCCUCUCUCUGCUGACUUUUCGAUGAGUGAGGAGCUUCCCGAGGACACCAGCUCCAAGGCUGACGCCCCCUUCGACGGCACCGAGUCUGCUCAAACGGAGGUGUGCAAGCUUCGAUUUAACAAAGAUCGCAGAGUUGACGAGGUCCGAAAACUACUGCAAUCUUCGCGCCCAAUAUUGGCCAAGAUGGAGCUGGACUUCAACGCGACUGAGGAAAAGCAAAGGGCUGAUCAACAAAAAUACUUGAUGGGCAUCUCGACCCGGAUUUUGGCGCGACCUUUGGGCCGCGCACCAUUCACAAUUGGCACGGUUACGCCAGUGGCUACCAACGUCUGUCCCAUCCCGGACCUUGUCGUCUCCGCCCGCUUCGCACCGAUGACCACUGAAGUUCCGCUCGAUGUUUCCAAAUCAACACAAUCGCCACUGAGUUGGCCGGACUUCCACAACGGCGUCGCCGCAGGCCUCAGCAUAGCACCACAUCAUGAAGUCGUGGAUGGCGCGUGGAUCGUCUUCAACACGCCUCUUGCAACUGAGGAUGGAAAGCGGCAUUUGAGCUGUAGGCACGCUGGUUUCCUAUUGGGACUCGGGCUUGCAGGGAAUCUGAAAAAGAUGAAUUUAUUCGACCUGAUCGACUACAUGAAUCUGAAAGACGAGUACACUGCCGUCGCGCUCCUGCUGGGUCUCGCGGCAACCCACAAGGGCGAUCGGGAUCUCCGCCAUACCAGAAUCUGCUACUCGCACAUUGAGGCUGCAGAGGAUAUGGCCGGCAAACCCACAGGGGUCGAAGUCAAAGCCGCUGCUGUGCUCGGUAUCGGCUUGCUGCAUAUGGGCUCGAUGGCUCGGCUCCAUUGCGAGAAGAUGAUGUACUUACUGGAAACGAUUGAGAAUGAACCGUCUGAUUUUCCGGAACCACAUAGGGAAAAUUGUGCUCUGGCCUGCGGCUUUGCGUUAGGCUUUAUCACGGUUGGUGGCGUCAGCAGCUCGAAGGCUGCUGGGAUUUCCGAUCUGAAGCUUGUGGAUCGGUUGCUACAUUACGCUUUAGGACGCAGCAAACAUUACAUAAUUACGAGCGCGACGCUUGCUCUGGGCCUCAUGCAGCUGAAAACCAACGACACAAUGAUCGCCGAUCGACUGGCUUUGCCAAAGACGAGUUACUUCCUGAACCAAAUCAAGCCUGACGUGUUGUUGAUGCGCACCCUUUGCAGGAGCAUCAUUUUGUGGGAUUCCAUAAAGGCCACUGAAGAAUGGCUCCUGCAACAGGUUCCGGAAUAUAUCCGUAGAGGCACUCAAGAGUCUGCAGACGACGAAGAUUGGGUUGAUUUGUACUCUCAGGCUCAGUGGAACAUUUUGGCUGGGGCGGGAUUUGCGAUCGGUCUCAAGUAUGCUGGAUCCUCUAAUGAAUCCGCUUUUCAAACACUGCUCUCGUAUUGUCGGAAGCUGGCGGACAUGUCGAGCACAGGCGGCUCAAUGUUUCGAGACAAGCUCAACCGAGGCAUCUUCCGGAACUGUUUGGAUGUUAUGCUUUUGUCCCUCUGUGUCGUUAUGGCGGGAUCGGCCAAUGUCGAGAUCCUACGCUUGCUGCGACGGCUGCAUAACCGGACUGCAAGCGAAGUCACGUACGGCAAUCACACCGCAACCAACAUGGCCAUCGGGUUUCUGUUCCUCGGCGCCGGCUCAUAUACGUUCGGAACCUCGAAUGAAGCCAUCGCAGCGCUAUUAUGUGCCUUAUUCCCGCAAUCCUCAUCGCAAACUACGCACAAUCGCGGACAUAUACAUGCGGCGCGCCAAUUGUGGGCUCUGGCUGUGGAGCGUCGCUGUUUCAUCACCCGCGACGUGGGCACUAUGGGAAAGUGCUGUCCACCGGUGGUUGUGACUGUGGCUGAUGGAGUCGCAACUCGGGAGAUAAAAAUGAGCACCCCGUGCUUAUUACCUGCAUACGACAGUAUCGUCAAAAUCACCACCAGCAGCCCGCGCUACUGGGGCAGAGUAUUGGAAGUGGCACACAACCAGCGUCAUGCAGAGAUCCUAAAGAGUGGCCGUGGACUGUAUGUGAAACGUAAGAUGCGCUAUCUCAACCACAUCCAGGACGAGGCCGAUUCCGAGGAACCUACAUCACGGUCCCUCGACCUGUCAUCCACGCACCCGCAUGUACCUGAGAGCAGCGUGACCGUUCCCAUCAGCUUAGCUCCUGAGAUUGCGGGGUUCGCAACCUAUCUGUGUCCCGAGAACACAACGUCGGAUCCUACGCAUGUACUCCUUCAGCGAUGCAUUGAGUUUGAGAGUCCGGAUGCCGUGACACCGCUCAUGUGGAUCGAUGUUACGACGCGGGAUCGAGGAAACUUCUCGCGCAGUGCCGUCUUGGCGUUGAAGAUCAUUCUGGAGAGCUAUCAGUCUCGACAGACCGCGUCAGGUUCUAGCCGGGAUACUACCUCCGACGGUCUGCGACAGCGGCAGUUACUCCCUGCAUCGUUCAUCAAGCGACUGCGAUCUGAACUUGAGGCACACUUCAGGGCGUUCGAACGUGACGAAAACAACGGGGAGAACAUAGUGGACAACCCUUGGAAACUAUCUUUGUUCAGAUAUUUGGAUUCCGAUGUUGAGAAACGAGCGGUGUUUGCGCCAGAAGCACGAGCCGCAUUCAGCGCGUAUCUGGCAUACCGAGAGUGGCCAACGGCGUCGGAACUAGAGUGGAUUCGGAAGUCCGUCGCUCGCACCUCUGCGGCUGCAGGGCCGAAAGUUCCAACUACGAUUUUGGAGUUGGGCGUAUUGUCUAAGUUUCCUCGGAUGCCGCGCAGGACACUCGAAUGGGUCUUGGCGUAUUGUCACUAUACUAGGGAGCGGGAGCAUUAAGCUCGAGGCAUAAUGGAUAAACUGAGGGAGACGCCGAAUUGGGUAGUUCUAUACUUAUGUAGUGCCCAACUCAGUUCUAGUUCCAAAAAUGUUAU